UGAUCUCUCGCUGUCAUUCGGCCACGGUCGGUUCCAGGAGAGAGGGGCAGCCAAGAAGCACAUACAGGAAUAGGCUGGCUCUGUAGGAAAAAAAAAUAGUUAGUAUACUGAAAUCAAACGAACAAUGAAACCAAUCGAAUAGGGUUUUUUUUUGGGAAAGAACCGCGGCCGAAUAUAUCUAACACACUGCCACGUUAACAAAGCUCUGUGAUCAUUUAGUCCAGAUUAGAGGCAGCAGAUAGAGGAGCUGUGUCAUUGAGCAGGCAGGACACGUCAGGAGAAGAGAGAGAGAAAAAAAAAAAGAGCUGACCGACUGUUCGAGUCAGAUAUCAAAAAAAAAAAAAGCCUCUGAAAAGCUUUUUGCCCUGACUUUCUCAAGGACACUACCUUUUUCUCAACCCAAGGGACGGAUCUCGACAAAGACUUCGCCGAGGUCGAAGGUGGUGAUCAGAAGGACCAAACGAUCACGGGAUAGCAUUUGUGUGUGGGGGGAGAAAACAAAUGGGGGAUUACGGGUUUGGAGUCCUAGUUCAAAACAACACUGGCAACAAGUCUGCAUUCCCGGUCCGAAUCCACCCGCAUCUGCAGCCCCCACACCACCACCAAAAUGUGUCGCAGAGCCCUGCUGCUUUCAUAAACAGCACUACAGCCGCAGGGAAUGGCACGACGGGAGGCUCUCCCUGGCUCUUCCCUGCCUCAGCCACCCACAACAGCGUGCAAGACGAAAUCCUGGGGGGCUCAGAGAAGCCUAAAGCGCAGCAACAGGAAAUGCAAGAAACGCAAGAAAAGCAGCAGUUGUCCCCUGGGAGUCACCAGGAGGGUGGAAGUGGCGUUGGGAUCAUUUCAGAACUGGAAAAAGCCCGGUCAGAGGAAGUCAAGACAGACAGUGGUGUCUCUGAAGGAAGUAAUGGAAAGGAGAAGCAGCUACGUCUUGAGUCUCCUGUCUUGACAGGCUUUGAUUACCAGGAGACCUCUGGUCUUGGAGGAUCUGGUCAGGUCCAGUCCAGUACAACCUCGUCAUCACUUACUGGCUUCAACAACUGGUCAGCUGCCAUCCCACCGGCACCGUCAACUAUCAUCAAUGAGGACGUCAGCUUCUUUAACCCCGCCUCUGCCAACAAUGGGCCCCUGCUGUUCCAGAACUUCUCGCACCAUGUCAGUCCAGGAUUUGGUGGGAACUUCUCCCCCCAGAUUGGACCAGCAGCAGCCUUGUCCCAACACCACCCUGCUCCCCCACCACACCCCCACUUCCAACACCCCCACAACCAACACCAGCAGCAUCGUCGCUCCCCUGCCUCCCCACAUCCUCCACCGCCCUUCCCGCACAGGAAUCCUGCUUUCAGCCAGUUGCCCCAUUUGUCCAACAGCCUGAACAAGCCCCCGUCCCCCUGGGGUCCAGCCAGCUACCAGAGCCCCUCUCCCUCCCCUGGCUCCUCCACCUCCUGGAGUCCCGGAGGAGGCUAUGGUAGUGGUGGCGGCGGCUGGGGAGGAUCUCAGGGCAGAGAUUAUCGCCGUGGGCUGAACGGUGGGAUGACCCCCAUCAACUCUAUCUCUCCGUUGAAGAAGACCUUCCCCAACAACCACGUGGCAUCCCAGAAGUACCCUCGAAAUAGUCCCGCGGGCUUCAACCCAAAAUCCUGGAUGGAUGAUGGAGUCGGCCGCAGUGAUAACAUCUUCCCCUUUCAGGAACGCACCAGAUCAUUUGACAGCUUCAACAUGAACACGCUGGAGAGCUCCCUGAUCGACAUCAUGAGGGCCGAGCAGGACACCCUUAAAGGUCGCUUGGGGUUCCCACAUCAAGGUAGUGACAACCCUCUGCCCCUCAAUGCCAGGAAUUAUAGCAGGAGACGAGGUCACUCCUCUCUCUUCCCCAUGGAGGAUGGUUUCCCUGACGAUGAGCGCAGCGAUCAGGGCCUCGCAGGCCUCGGCUCUCCACACUGCUUCCCACACCAGAACGGUGAGCGUGUCGAACGCUACUCACGCAAGGUCUUUGUGGGAGGCCUGCCCCCGGACAUAGAUGAAGACGAGAUUACAGCCAGUUUCCGGAGGUUUGGACACCUGUUUGUAGACUGGCCUCACAAAGCAGAGAGCAAGUCCUAUUUUCCACCCAAAGGCUACGCCUUCCUGCUGUUCCAGGAUGAGAGCUCAGUGCAGGCUUUGAUCGAUGCCUGUAUCGAGGAGGACGGCAAGCUGUACCUCUGCGUGUCCAGCCCCACCAUCAAAGACAAGCCGGUUCAGAUCCGCCCAUGGAACCUGAACGACAGCGAUUUUGUGAUGGACGGAUCUCAGCCUCUGGACCCGAGGAAAACCAUCUUUGUUGGAGGAGUCCCUCGUCCGCUCCGUGCAGUGGAGCUGGCCAUGAUCAUGGACCGCUUGUACGGCGGGGUUUGCUACGCUGGCAUCGACACAGACCCUGAGCUGAAGUACCCCAAGGGAGCGGGGCGGGUCGCCUUCUCUAAUCAGCAGAGCUACAUUGCUGCUAUCAGUGCUCGCUUUGUACAGCUGCAGCAUGGAGAAAUCGAUAAACGGGUGGAAGUGAAGCCAUACGUGCUGGAUGACCAGCUGUGCGAUGAGUGCCAGGGAACUCGCUGUGGGGGGAAGUUUGCGCCGUUCUUCUGCGCCAACGUCACCUGUCUGCAGUACUACUGCGAGUACUGCUGGGCUGCCAUCCACUCCCGCGCUGGACGAGAGUUCCACAAACCCCUGGUGAAGGAGGGCGGCGACAGACCCCGUCACAUCUCUUUCCGCUGGAACUAAAAGGGCCGGUGGAGAGGGAGAGGCAACAGGGGAGCAGGAGGGGCAGGUAGUGCAGGAGUCGCAAAUCAUUGUACAAAUAAUUGCACUUUUCUGUUGCUGGUUCCUUUUUGCUCUAAUUUCACUGAACCUUUUUCUCAUUUUUUUUAAGUUAAUAUAUAUCUAUAUUUUGAAGAAAGAAAAGAAAACUGGAAUUAUAUCCAAAUAUGUCCAGCAAGGAAAAAAGACGUGUAACAUAAUUUAAUGUGUUUUGAUUUUUGAAAUAUUUUUAUUAGUUCUCAAAAGAUACAUAUAUAGGAAAGUUUGAGGUGUGAUGUGGUACUCUGCUAUUCAAUUGGCAUGUUCUAAAGUAUGUAUUUAAUUUUAUACAAGAUGCCCCAGAAGACACACUUCAUUUGAUAUUUGAUUGACUUCUUUUGUAGCAGAGCUAUUGCUUUUUUUUUUCUAUCGAGUCUCCAGAGCCAAUGCUGCUGAAACAGUGUCUCGUUGGCUCUUUGUAUUGAAGAGGUGUGAUUACAUUUUUAUUAUUUUAACAAGAGGCUCAAGAGCAAAUGUGAAUUGAAAAAGGUGUUGCUAAAGAAGAGUGCACUUAUUUCCAGUUGAAAGAGUGCAGAUCCAGUGUAUGAGACCCUUAGUAGUUUACCAAAGCUGAAUCUCCAUUUACUCUGAGGAACAGAGAGGGCCCGCUGCAGAGAGAAACCGAUCCUUUUCCUCCCCGAUCAAAAUGUUUGAACUUCUCUCUUUAUGAUUUCCCAGAUCAUACAAAUGUUUUGAUAUUACUUGAAAAUCACAACAAAUUUCUUUAGCAACACAUAUUUGGGUUUUGAUCUCCAUUUUGACAUGCAAAAACUAAUACCUCAAACUCAGCUGCUAAUGUGCCGAAUACAGUUUAAAAAAGAGAGAGAGAGAGAGAAAGAAAGAAAACAUUAUCACCCGCUGGUGUUCUCCUUUCCUUAGAACUCUAAUCAAAGGGAAGUGAUGCAACAAGCCGAGUGUGAUGUGACUGGCACAGUUUUGUACUCACUUGCUUCAUCACCUCCUUAUUUUUGUAGUCAAACCCAGGGUUGUUCCGGGGUCAGAGAGAAGUGUACUAGGGGAAUGUAUCGCGUCAGGAGGCUAUAUGAGAGAGAGACAGGCUAACUGCUAACAGAGAUAAAUCCAGCCCCCAGAUCCCCCUCUCCUAAUGUCUGCCUGCAACCUUCUGAUGCUAAGCUAGCAGCUAACAGAGGGCAGGGCCUCAUUCAUGGAUCAAAACCUGCCCGCAGUGGGUCUUUGAUCCAGAUCUUUCAGGACGGAGGUGAAGGUUAACUCCUCGAGAGAAGGCUGGUCAACACCGCCUUUUUUUAUUGCAGUUUUUUUUUUUUUUUGAACGGGAGCUAUCACCAAACAGGAGAUGCCUGUCUUUGAUAGUUUGUUUUAUUUUCCAAUGCAUUUGUGCAAUUCUCCCAAGUCUUGAAUGAAAAAAAAAAAAAAAAAAGUUCUACUUCGCAUCCGAGAGUCAGCUACAUUUAACGAAAGGAGCAAUUAAAGUUUGUCUGCUUUCCGAAUUGUCAGCACACAUUUGAGUCAUGCAGGGAUCUGCCCUUUUGGCGAACCCCCUUCUAUCUUUUUCUCCUGCCAAGCUUAUCCAACUCAGCAUCCAGUGUUUUUGAAGCAUAAAUGAAGAUAGUCUCUGCAGUGUGCUCUACUACUACACACUUGUUACCCACAUGCAGUUCGUUCUUUAUAGCAGUCGGUUGUGCCCGGUGGUGUUUGGGAACCAAAGAUGGCUGUGCAGUAGUGGGUCAUACUGUAGCUCAUUUCUUUUUCUUUUUUUAGGUUUUUACUCUUGUUUUCCUUUUCUCAUUUCUUCAAGGACAUUUUUUUAUAUAUAUAUUUUUUAAAAUCUGUCACUUCUACCCAGUUUUGCUUAACUGUCAAGCCCAGCAAACCAAAGAUUGGCCUUGAACACACUAUUUAUAUAUACAUAUAGAGAUUUGACAGUGCAGUCAAAACCCAUUAGAAAAACCAGUGGAAGAACAUCAGGGCCUGCAAGAAUACACACACACACACACACACACACACACACACACACACACACACACACACACACACACACACACUCUCACAAGCGCACACACACCACACACACUCAAGGCCUCACACUCUCCAUAGCUCAAAAAGGAAGCGCGCUGGUAGCCACUAGUUCUUUAUAUCUCAGAUAGGUCUGCGUGUUUGGGAAGAAUUAAACAUGAAGUGCACAUUCAAAGCAAAAUUGAAUCUAAUCCUCACAUUUGUUUGACAUUUUCAGUCACUCAGUGGUAAUCUACUAGCUGAGCAUUUCAACAUGUCAGGGAGUUAGUACAGAAACUUGAUAAUACACACUAGUGAGAAACGUAUCCUCAUAUCGGCGGGUGUCGUUGCACCAGUUUUUGCACCCUGGUCAUUAGUUUUGUGGGUGCGUUGGGUGAGCAUUUUAGAAGUUAAAACACUUUGUGAAGAAUUUGCUGUUAAAUGAGAUGAUAAAAAAAAAGAUUAUUUUAUACAUGGCCUGCUGAUUUUUGGUACAGUGUUUUCUAGCUAAAUUAUUUUGUCAUGCACAUAUAAACAUUUAUUAUGCACUACUUUUCUAAAUAUUUUUUCUUUUUCCAACAGUCAUUUUAGGCACAUUUUUCACAAAUGGGGAAACUCCUUUUUGCAAUACCUCAAUUUUUCACAUUGUGAAAGGUAGCUUUUGUACUUUUGUUACUGAGAGAUCUGCAUAUAUGGAAAUGUUCAUUUUAAGAAAAAAGUUGAGUGAUUUCAAUAUAUAUUAUUUUCAAUUAUGCUUUUUAUACAUUUCAGUGCUGAGGAAACUUUACAACUAAGUGUGCACUUGUGUUGAUGCGACUUCAGAUCUGCAGAGGAGAGGCCAAAGUGUAUCGCUCUCUUGGUCUUGGCUUCUCGUACACUAGAUGUUUCCAGUCAAUCUGGUCAAUAACAGCAUGGCGAGAAUAAUAAAAUGAAAAAAAAAAACAAGUUGUAAUUUGAAAUCGAUGUUAAUGUCUCUAAACAUGGCUAUACUAGUUGGGAAAUGGUAACUUCUGUCUUGGUUUCCUCUCCAUAGAUGGAGUAUAACUUAUUAUAAGGAGAAUGCAAAAUUUGGUUCACGCAUACCGCUGAAUCUCUUAUCACAAGAAUGGAUGUUUGGUGUUUAGAUAUUUUAAUAUUUGAAAAAAAAAAAGUAUAUAUAUAUUCUUGAACUUGCCAACUAGCACCUAUUGUAAUCCUUAGCAUGCAUGACAUAAAAAGAGAAAAUGACAAGUACAUGAAUUAGCUAUUAAAAAUUAAUUGUUGUGGUGUGCACCAAAUGUUUCUAAACUAUUAACUUGUUAAGGACAAGCCUCCCCAAAACCCACUCUCACCUCAACCCCCCUCCCAACACCUCCCCCUCCCCCACGUGUUGAUGUCCUCGCUUCCCCCAUUUGCAGACCUCUGCAGGAUGCACAUGACAGAGAGCUAAGACGAGAAACAAGACAGAACGUAACUUUAAAUCGAUUCGGCAGUGCAGGACUUUGAGCAUCCUUCUAAACACUGUUUUUAAAAAGACUUGAGAACUCAUCCCCGCUGUCUGUCGAAGGUGAUCUUAUAUAGACCUAUCUGGAGGAAGGGGAGCUUAAAGACUUGAAUGUGGUAAAUGUUGCAAGUUAACUUCAAGUUGUUAUGUGCAAUACUUCUUUUGAACCUUUUUCCAGAUAAAGACUCUUUGCAAUGUAAUUCUUUAUUGCCAUUUUUAAUUGCAGACAUUUAAUUAAAGAAGAUGUUAAUAUGUUUUUCACAGUCAUUUUCUACUGUUAUUGUAAUCCUUUUCAUGCUGGUGUUUGUAAAAAAGAAAAGAAAUCAAACUAUUUGUACUAAUAUAAAUAAUUGAAGUUAUUUUUAAAACAUUAAAGGUUUUGUGCUCAUUUGCUUAUUUUGUUUAUUUUAAGCUACUGUGAUUGAUUGCAUUGUAAUUAUUAGGUCAACAAUGUAUUUAGCUGUUUAUUGGUAUAUUUUUAAUUGGAAUGUAUAAUUGAUUUUUAUAAUUUUGAUCAGAUUUUUGUUAUAUUUUUGAGGUGAAGCUUUUAAUAUGUUAAAGUGUCUAGUUUUUACUAAUUGCUAUAUUGUGCUCCACAAUAUAUGGUUCACAUUUUCUGAAGGAAAAUAAAUAUUUAAAUAUUUGUCUGUUAAUGAUGUUACUUAAUGGCAAGAUUUCAAUAGUUUUUAACUGUGUAUGGGAAGGUUGUUGUAUUUAUUAAUAGCAUUUUUUACUUAAGAUAUCACCUUAAUUUUUAUUGUCAUUUCACUUUAUAAGUUCCUAUUUUUGUAUUUUCCUUUCUAAUUAAGUUAUGUAAUACGGAUAUGUCCAUAUUUCUAGGAGUUGGUCUGUAGAAGUGCUAGUGAACGAAAAAGAAAAAUCUAAUGUUAUUUAAUUGUUUGCAGCCAACUAUUUAUAACAGUAUGCAUAAUUUUUAAAUAUUUGUAAUGUGAAAUGUUGAAUGAAAUAAAUCUUAACUGUGAUGAA